AUGCAUCCUCAAGUUUACCCGACUGAAGCCGUGCCAUUGCAGGGCGUGGGUUAUGGCGGACUCCCUGGUCAGCCUGGAGUGGUCCAGCACACUGCUGUGAACAUCACCAGAGGGCAACCAGUCAUCACAGAGCCCCCCAACGACUAUAUCAUCUGGUCGCUCUUUUCCUUUGUCUACACAAAUCCUUUCUGCUUUGGGCUUGCAGCUCUCAUUUAUUCCAUCAAGGCCAGAGACAGGAAGAUGGCUGGAGAUGUGGAUGGUGCACGACGUUAUCCACUGCUCAAACUUUCAACAUUGCCGCCACAGUAUUAGCUGUCCUUGUGUUUGUGACAGUUAUAUUUUUGCUCUAUGACAG